UCUCACAAUGAGGGAACUGCCAGAAGGCCCUCGGCGCUGAAUCUCAGUGUCCGGGCUGAAUGAUGGGGUUGGAGACGCUCCUUUAGGUAUACUGUACAGGACUGCGGCCGUUUAGGGCUUCAAAGGUCAGCGCCAACACUUUGAAUUGUGUUCGGAAACGUACUGGGAGCCAAUGCAGGUGUCUCAGGACCGGUGUUAUAUGGUCCCGGCAGCCACUCCCAGUCACCAGUCUAGCUGCCGCAUUCAGGAUUAAUUGCAGUUUCUGUGUCACCUUCAAAGGUAUCCCCACGCAGGGUGCAUUGCAGUAGUCCAAGCGGGAGGUACGGUAACUAGAGCAUGCACCACUCUGGCGAGACAAUCUGCAGGCAGGUAGGGUCCCAGCCUGCAUAGACCUAAUACAAAUGAGUUUUCAUGGCGAAAGCAAGCUCAACACCUCUCAUUGAGUUUAUAUAUGUAAGAAGCUGGUUAAUAAUUAUAUUUUAACGUAGGAAGGAUUUGUGUUCUUAUGUAGCUGCAUUGUUUUAUACUUCCUGGGUGUCCCAAAUUGCAAAAUUGCUGCAUUCUGUGUUAUAAAUCAAGCAUUGCUAGGAGUUGUUUCUUUUUGUUCCCCAAUGUCUUAUCAGUAAAAAAUAAAUGGUGUGAAGCAAGCAAAUUUUUAUUCUGAAAGUGUGGCCCAGAGAAAGAAGUUUGAGAACCACUGGACUAGAUAGACAUUUGUGGUGCAAAUCAGGUCCAGUGAAGGGUGUGGCAUGAGGACCAGAUAGAGAUGUCUAGAGCACAGCGUUUGGCCCCGAGCCUGAAUCUCCCCAUCCCUGCUUCAGCAAAUGGAAGUCUUGUCCAAAUUUAUUUAUUUUCAUUAAUGACAUUUUAUAGCCCACCUUUCCCCCCCAAGAUGCUCAAGGUGGUGUGCAUACUUCUCCUCUCCCAUUUCAUUCUCACAACAACCCUGUGAGGUAGGUGAGGCUGAGAGUUGGUGACUGGCCUGAGGCCACACCCAGUGAGCUUCAUAGCCAAGUGGGGGAUUUGAACUUGGCUCUGUCCCAGGUCCUAAGCCAGCGCUCUAGCCUCUACACCACUGCUGGUUCCUCACCUGAGGAGAACAGAAAUGAGCAGGAACUUUGGCAAAAAGAAAUGCAAACAGAAAAUAAGGUAUGUGAGAAAAGAAUUUGAGGAGCACACUACCCAAAACAGGAGUGGUGCGGCAGUUUUACUGCUCACACAUUUGCAGAAUUAAGCAGGGUCUGGUGUUGGUUUGUAAUGGGGAAUGUGUAAUGGGAAACGUGUGUUGAGAUUCCUGCAUUGCAGAAGGUUGAACUUUGCAUUUUCAUCCUAGAUGCAUUUUCAUCCUUCUGAAAAAUAAUCCACAAAAACAAUACACCACAUUAAAUUUAUUGGUCUUUAAAAUGGUGCAGGGCCCUUAGUGGGUUUUGCUGGAUGGUGGCUGUUGGGAGUUGUAGUCUGGGAGGAGACCAGCCGGCCAAAGACUUUGUUAGGCUCACCCUCUAAUCCCAAAUGCUUUUGUGCAGGAGUGGGAGGGUGAUCUAGCUGUGACUGUAUCAUGAAGAGAAGUGGGCACUCUAUAUAGGAUCAGAAACACUCUUUUUCCCAUUUGAUCCUUGUGCAUUUCAAGUGUCAGGGUUUGAUGGAUUUCACCAAAGAAGGGGACAGGGUUUGAUCCUGCUAAUCAGUAAAGAGAAAAAUAACCCAGCCCUGAAAGAAACACCCAGACAAAAGUCGAACUGCUGGUAGAAGGGAAUAAGAUACAAAGCCUAGAAAAAGCACAUUCUGAACAUGGGGGAAAUGGUUUUGUGAGGUUCAAGCAAUCCUCUUCAAAAUACAUUUGUUUUCUUUGGAAAGACAACAUCAUGCAUUCUUUCUACUGGACCUUUUGGUUGUUUAAGUGGGUUCCAAGUUUUAUAGGAUUUUCUGAAGGGAAAAGAAUAACUGCUGAAGUGGGAGAGAGAGUCAAGACAAAGGAGUAAGCUCCAACCAUUUCUGGCUGGGAUCCUGUGUUUUGUUCCACAUGAAGCCAGCCUGAACAAAUUAGCUACCCAAACCAUUACAAGAAGAGGAGGAGGAGGAGGAAGUGGGGUUUGGAUUUGAUAUCCCACUUUAUCACUCCCCAAAGGAGGCUCAAAGCGGCCCACAUUCUCCUUUCCCUUCCUCCCCAACAAACACUCUGUGAGACUUCAGAGAAGUGUGACUAGCCCAAGGUCACCCAGCAGCUGCAUGUGGAGGAGCGGAGAACUCGAACCCGGUUCUCCAGAUUACGAGUCCAUCACUCUUAACCACUACACCAUACUGGCUCUCAUAGUUGCACUUUGUGGGUGUGAUUAUGAUCUGAGAGGGGUACCCUGAGAGACUUUGUCCCUGCUGAAACUGUAGAAUGGCAAGAUUUUAGGGAAUCUGGAAGAAAUCUGUAAGACCAUCUAGAUCAAUCCCCAGAUCACAACCAGAUUCCUGACAGAUGGCAAUUCAGCCUCUGCUUAAAACUCUCCAUUCCAGUGCAAUGCUGGGUUCUUGUAACAUCAGAGGGCCAAAGCAGCCUUCCCUCAACCUGGCUGGGGCUGAUGGGAGCUGUAGUCAAAACUAUUUAAAGCGCACCAUGUUGGGGGGAAAGGUGGACCAAAGGGUGAGAUUAGAGCUCCCAAACCCAAACAGGUAAAAGAAAGUGCUUCUUCAUGCAGCAAGGAGUUAAGCUAUGGAACUUCCUCCCACAGGAGGCAGUGAUGUCCACCAACUUGCAAGGCUUUAACAGGUUGAGACAAGUUCAUGGAGGAGGAUAAGUCAAUAAAUGGAUAUUAGACAGGAUAUCUAUGCUCUGCCUCCACAGUCGGAAGCAGAAAUGCUUCUGAACAGCAGCUUCUGGAGGCCACAGUGGCAGGAGAGUGUGUUGCUCUUUUGCUCAGAUCCAGCAGAGCACCUGUGUUGCACAAAGUUCAAUCCCCAGUUGGCUUAGCCAGCCAGUCAAAGCCAUUUCCCAGGGCGUGGCCGCUGUUGCAUGCCAGCAACUUCUAGGAGUCACAGAUGAGAGCCGAGUCCCUUAGAUAGCAUAACCUCCAACAUUUAUCUGAUGGAAAUAGGCACGUCCUAAGGAAAAGCAGGACAUUCCAGGAUCAAAGCAGAAACUUGGGGUGACUUCUGUUAAUCUGACACUGUCCCUGGAAAAUAGGGAAAACUUGGGAGGAUCUGAGAUAGAACCUGCUCUUUGUCCCGUAAUUCUGUUCUUAAUGUUUUUAUUGCUAGCUGCCUCUAGAGGCCCUGGUCUUAAAAGGCUGGCUGCCUCACCCACUAUUGCUAUUUCACCCCACAUCCUGAAGGUUGAGCUCUGGUCACAGCCCUCCCCUGGAACAAGACUCUGUUUAGGAAUCUGCAGGCCUCGCCCGUCUGAAAAAGGCCAGAAUGCUGGACAAUUUGAAAACAGAGAAACCGAAUGGAUUGCAUUUCUCUUCCAAAACGCUCGCACAUUCUGUUUCUUUCCCUUUCUACAAAAAUAGCAUUGCCAAAGCCACACUAUUCAAAACACUACUUUUGGUCAGGAAGGAAAAGGCCCCGCCUUCAAACUAUGUUAUCCCCCCCACCAUUGCAAUUGCACCAAUUAGAAUGUGAUUCACCAGCUUUUUGCAAGCAAAACAAGGAAACGUGGCAAGCAGCAGCAGCAGAGAGAGACAGAGAGAGACAGAGAGAACAUAAGACCUGGUGUCUUGAGAGAGCCCUUUGCUUGCAACUUGCCCUUCCACAAAUACCCAUGUUUUGAUAUCGAAAACUUCACUCUCUCUCCCCUAUCCCCUGGGUUUCUGUCAAAAUAGCUCAGGAUGUGAGAUCUAGAACAAUCCCUCUUGGAAAUAACAAAACAGGGCUUAAUUUUGACAGAAAGUGCUGGGACAGUUUCCUUUUAUGCAAGUCCUGCCUAGUUCAGCAGAAUAUAGACUGGGCAGGUUACAACUCCACACCCACCCCUACACAGCCUGAUCGCCAGCUCAGAGAAGUCACGUCCAGCCGAACGAACCAGCAUUGCUACUUGCACCUAAAGAUCACAAGAUUGAUGCUGACUUCUCAGGUGAUAAAAUCCACACAACAAAACAAAAGAUGACGCUCUCCAGGGGGAAGACAGCUCUGCUAUGGAUUUCCUUCUUGGCAAUAUUAUCACUGGCAAUUUUUGCUUACCUGGACAGGGAAGGGACAUUAAUGUGGAUGUACAAGAACAGGAGCCUAAAGAUUGCCCAGUUGAAAAACCAGACAGAGCAGUGGCUGGCCAUACGCACCUGGUUUAACUCACGAUAUGAAUAUGCGAAUAAGGAACCAAAGGGGUUGUCAUUGAACAGCUGGUUUGAUGCACAAGCACGAACGGAUAUGCCCACCCUCACCCCUUGGUCAGCACCCAUCAUCUGGGAAGGAACAGUUGGGAAACCGGUCUUGGACAACUACUAUAAGCAGCAGAAAGUCACCAUUGGCUUGACGGUUUUUGCUAUUGGGAGGUACCUGGACAAAUACCUGAAGAACUUCUUGACUUCUGCAAACACCUUCUUCAUGACUGGGCACAAUGUGAUCUUCUACAUCAUGGUGGAUGACCUCACCAAAGUGCCUCUUAUUGAGCUGGGCCCCCUGCGGGUGCUGAAAGUCUUCCAGGUGGAAAAGGAGAGCCGGUGGCAAGACAUCAGCAUGAUGCGGAUGAAGGUGAUUGGGGACCUCAUCGAGAGCCACAUCCGCCAUGAGGUAGACUUCCUCUUCUGCAUGGAUGUUGACCAGGUCUUCCAGAAUGACUAUGGAGUAGAGACACUAGAUGAGUCCGUGGCCCAGCUCCAUGCUUGGUUUUACAAUGCAGACAAGACUGCAUUCAGUUAUGAGAGGCGUCCCGAGUCGGCUGCGUACAUCCCCUACGGGGAGGGGGACUACUAUUACCACGGGGCCGUAUUUGGGGGGACCCCACGGCAUGUUCUGAACCUCACCCGCCAAUGCUAUCAAGGCAUCAAGGAGGACAAGGAACACAACUUUGAAGCGGUGUGGCAUGACGAAAGCCACCUGAACAAAUAUUACCUCCUCAACAAACCAACCAAGGUGUUAUCCCCUGAGUACUGCUGGGAUUAUAAAAUUGGCAUCCCCAGCGCCAUAAGAAAUGUCAAGUUAUCCUGGAUGCCCAAAGAAUAUGAAGAAGUUAGAAGUAACUUAUGAUUCCACGGCCCUCCUAAAAUCACACCAGCAGGGGUCAGUGAACUGUUUCAGCCGCAGGACCGUUUGAGCAUUUUGACUCUCAUCCUCUGCAGGAAGGAGAGCAAACUUUGCCCAAAUAUUUUAGUUCACUAAACUGUGACGCUCUCUCAGCUCUUGUCUAUAGAUUCCUUGGAAGGCUUGUAGAAACCAGAUCUGACUGGCUCGAUGUCGGAAGAGCCUUUUGUGAACAGGUUGUUGAUUUGGUUGCUGCUCUUUUGCUCUCAGGAGAAGCUGUUGAUGUUGGGGACAUUUGUGGAAGCAGCACACAGUUAUGCGCCAAGCUAGGAUCCCUCCACAGUGAGUGGCACGAUGACAUCAGAGAAGUUGGCAUGAUGGUCGCUGUAUUCCUUGGAUGUGCAAAGAAGGGAGAGUUGGAACCAAGGGGUCAGGAGGAUAGCAGUAAAUAGGGGAGGGGUGGCGUCAUCGAGGCCAGGAGGUUGCAUCACUGGGGAUGUCAGGACGUGUAAUUUUUUAAACAAAGAUUUUUGAAUGACGGUCUAAAUCUUGCCUUCCUAAUUGUUCAGUUUUGUUUUCCCCCAAAAUGAGGAUUACUGUACAGGCAAUGUGAGGGGGAAUCUCACUUUAUUAAUGCCAGUUUUUUGGGGGGGGGGUUGCUACCAAAGAACAGGUUCAUGUCGUCAUUUGUUUGUAAAAACAAAGAAACAUGUUUCCUUAGUUGCCGUCCAGUGGUUGAAAGCUCCCUCAUUUUGCUACAUUUGUUCUCUUCAUCACGUAUAUCAUUUUUCCACCUUAAAUCAUCAGUGGGUGCUGUCUAACAAGGUUCUGGACAGCGAGUUGUUCUGGGGCAUUGUGGAAGGGCGUAAAGGUGGCAUCCCCCACGGCCCACCACUUUUUUCAGCAUGUCCCCGCACACCACCUCGUGUAAUGAUGCCCUGUUGGUGCACUGUGAGCAAGUAGCACGGCAGCCACAGGGGCAACUGCUGAGAAGAUCUCUGUGAGUACCAUUGCUGCCUGAGAGGUAAACUCUCCCGUUCCCCCACGACCAUCAUUGCGGUGGCCCCCAACGUAGCCUGAUUGGGAGUCCCCUUUGUAUCCCGUUUCUUUCUUUGUGUAUUUCUUUUCGCUGUAAAUAUUGAAGCCCCUCCACUCAGCCAAAGGUGAUUGUUUUGUUAAUUUAUUUGGUUGCAAAUGAUCCUGGGGUAAUAAAUGCAAAUCCUUAUUUUAUCAAAAUCUUAUGUGUUUCUGCUGGGCAUUGCACCCUGGAGGAAGAUGUCUGUAUAAUGCGCCACAGGGAUAUUAGUUGGGUUGGGUUUUUGCCUGGGGGUGGGGGAAUUGUUUUCAUUGCGGCUGCUGAUAUUGUUAAGCACUACCCCAGGCAGGGUCCAGUUUCCUUGCAAUGAGGGACAGCAGGGGCUGUGGUGUGUCUUUAGGAUAUAUGGUUCAUUUACACAUCUAUACAACCGGAGCCUGAGAUGGGAGGGGCUCACAGCAUCUUCACCCAAGAAGCUCUUGCUCCCCCCAUAGCCAUGGCCUUGGACAGGGGUCCUUGGAGAGUUGAGAACAUCAAAUGAAAAGAAUCCAAGAGCUCUGGCCAGGUAAUGGCCAGGUAAUUUUUAUAAAGUUUUAAGUUGAGAACAAUAAGACAAAUUCCAGUAGCAAUCCAGUUUUUAGAAAUCCAGGACAAGGCCCUGUUUCAGUUUAUUCUUCAUCAGCUCUAGUUUCAUAGUUUCAAGGUCCAAGCGUACCAUUCAUGAAAACAUGAAUUGGAUUCUUUUCAUUUGAUUUUGUUGCACAGGGGUCAGCAAACUUUUUCGGCAGGGGGCCAGUCUAC